CGCGUCGUCGAGCGCUCUUAUCAUGGCGAAGGCGGAAUCAGGCGCGGAGCGCGAGCUCCUCACGCGCUUCGAAGUCCAGAAGUUCCUCGGCAAAGGCUCUUACGGCAGCGUGUAUCGCGUCCGAAGGCUGUCCGAUAACAAAGUCUACGCGCUCAAGGAGACGAACGUCCGCAACCUCUCGCAACAGGAGCGCCACGAGGCGGUUAACGAGAUUCGGCUGCUCGCGUCCGUGCAACAAAACACCGCCAUCUCGGGGUUCCACGAGGCGUUUCUCGACGGCAACCGCCUGUGCAUCGUCAUGGAGUACGCGCCUUUCGGGGAUCUAUCCAGGGCGCUCCGCAAGCGCCAAGCGCAGCGGAAGCUCCUCCCGGAGGACCUCAUCUGGAGCUAUUUCAUCCAGAUCGCGCGCGGGUUGCAGGCGUUGCACGCGCAGAAGAUUCUCCACCGCGACGUCAAGACGGCGAACGUGCUUCGAAUGUCAGGCGAGAUCGUCAAGCUCGGCGACCUCGGCGUGGCGAAACUGAUGAAGAACAACAUGACGAACACGCAGAUUGGGACGCCGCAUUACAUGCCCCCGGAGGUGUGGCGGUCGCGGCCGUACACGUUUAACAGCGACGUGUGGGCGUUGGGGUGCGUCCUCUUCGAGAUGUGCUCGUUCACGGUGCCGUUCGAGGCGCGGAGCAUGGAGGAACUGCGGUACAAGGUGAUGCGCGGGAAGUUCCCCGCGCUUCCCAGCGUGUAUUCGCAGGACAUGCAGAAGCUGGUGAAGUGGCUGAUGAUCGCGGAGCCGUCGCAGAGGCCCGGGAUCGACGAAGUCUUGGCGCACCCGAGCGUGCAGAGACGCGCGCACCUCGCGCCCGAGCCCGAACCCGCGGUACCGCAGUCCAUCAACUCGAUCAACGGCGCACCGGACGACCCGGUGACGCUCGGGACGAUCAAGGUCCCGAAGAAUUUGAAGAUGCUCAAGAAGCGUCUCCCCGCGGCGAAUUAUCCGGACAGCGCCGCGGAGCGCGCGGCGGCGGCGGCGGAGAGACUGGCGGCGGAGGAGGCGAUCAAGGCGAAGAACGACGCGGCGGCGGCGGCGGCGUUCCCCGCUCGCAAAGUGAACCCCGAAAAGCCUUCGAACAGCGGCGGCAGCGACGGCGGCGACGCGAAGAGCGCGGGCGGCGGCAGUGUUGUCGCGAAUAAUAACGCGAGAGGCGAGCGCGAGGUGUCGUCGAAACCGGCGCCGUCCGCGGCGGCGCCGAUUUCCGCGCUCGAACGCGCGCGCGCGAUGGAACGCGCGAUGAUCGAGGGGAAGCACGAGCGCGAGAACGUCGCGCCGGCGGACAGGGUGGGCCCACACGCGAACGCGCGGCCGAUGCGGCCGUCGGAGUUCAACAAAGCCCCGAGGGAGAACGUCAAGGCGCCCGGUCCUCUGCCCGUGGUUCAAAACGUAAUCGCCAACGGCAAAGCCGGGGAGUUUCAGCAAGGGAUCGCGGAGCGACGCCCGCGCGACAACGGCGCCGCGGCGAUGCCGUCGCAGUACGGCGCGCACAACAACCCGUACUUGCAGCCGCCGCGAGGCGGAGGCGGAGGCGCGGCGCUGGACAAGGCGAGGGAGCUGGUCGCGGAGCCGAGCGACGUGCUUCAACGCGCCGGGUUGGUCCCGGCGCCGGAGAAGCGCGGCGGCGGGAUCGGCGGCGUCGGCGUCGUCGGGGUUGGCGGCAAUCGCGCGGGGCACGGGCACGGGCUCCUCGGCGGCGGGAGGAAGAUUGGGAUGCCCCCGAGCGUGGUCGGGAGAGACGGUGGGGCGUACGGGGCGUACGCGAAGCCGGCGGCGAGGGCUCCGCCGCAACGGCGGCCGCAGCCGAUGGCGAGAAAUUUCUAUUUUUAA